GGAUUAUUGAAUUUGUUAAAAUAUUUUUCAUGAAAAAAAAGGAUCUGUUAUACUGUCUCUCUGAACUUCGGACCAGAACAUCAUCUUCCGCACUUUCUUUUUCCAAGUUCGGGACUGUAAGAAAACGAAGGUGAAAAAUGUCAGUGACGAUUCACACUAAUCUCGGCGAUAUCAAGUGCGAAAUCUUCUGCGAUGAAGUUCCUAAAGCUGCAGAGAACUUUUUGGCCCUAUGUGCUAGUGGGUACUAUGAAGGGACCAUAUUUCAUCGAAACAUUAAAGGUUUCAUGAUUCAAGGAGGAGAUCCAACUGGCACAGGCAAAGGUGGUACCAGUAUAUGGGGCAAAAAGUUCAAUGAUGAGAUAAGAGAGUCUCUUAAGCACAAUGCUAGGGGGAUCCUGGCAAUGGCAAAUAGUGGUCCAAAUACUAACGGAAGCCAAUUCUUUAUAACAUAUGCUAAGCAGCCUCAUUUAAACGGUUUGUACACUGUGUUUGGCAAGGUGAUCCAUGGUUUUGAAGUCCUCGAUCUUAUGGAGAAGACAAAAACAGGGCCAGGCGAUCGUCCACUUGCUGAAAUUAGGCUUAAUCGGGUCACGAUACAUGCUAAUCCCCUUGCUGCGUAAAAUGAGAACAUUACAUUCAAAGAUAAAAAUGACUCCCUACGAACAAAUAUACUUCAUUUGAGAGCAAUUGUUUGCAUCUUUCACUUUUGGCAUGCGAGUAAAUUAACUGAUGAAGAUUAUGGAUUGCUAUCUUACAUCAUGUAUAGCACAAUAAAGUGUAAUUUUGUUUGGGUCAAAGAGUGUAGUUAGUGAAAAAUGUGUUUUGAUUGUUGGAGUGGUCAUCCUUAUUCUGAAGCUUAAUUAAUCCAAUACAUUUUGGGAUAAGUUUUUAUCAGUUUAGUUGCUACUCAGUACUCACUCCACAUAGACAAGAGCUUUUGGAUGGAAACUUUUGACUA